GCCACCUCGAAGCACCACUCGGCCUCGACGACUGCUCUUCCCAGACUUUAGCAGCAAACCCGAGUUUCUCAGCAACUUCGCUUUUCCCAGCAAAGCAGCAUCACCGACUCAGCAAACAACAUGUCUCACAGAAAGUACGAAGAGCCCAGACACGGUUCGCUUGGCUUCUUGCCCAGAAAGCGGGCUGCCCGUCACCGCGGAAAGUGCAAGUCGUUCCCUACCGACGACAAGACUAAGCCCGUCCACCUCACCGCCUUCCUUGGCUACAAGGCUGGUAUGACCACCGUCGUUCGUGACCUUGACCGUCCCGGUUCCAAGAUGCACAAGCGUGAGAUCGUCGAGGCUGUCACCGUUGUUGACACUCCCCCCAUGGUUGUCGUUGGUGUCGUUGGAUACGUCGAGACCCCCCGUGGUCUGCGAACACUCACCACCGUCUGGGCCGAGCACUUGUCUGAGGAGCUCAAGAGACGAUUCUACAAGAACUGGUACCACAGCAAGAAGAAGGCUUUCACCAAGUACGCUAAGAAGUACUCUGACAACGGAGUCUCUGUUGACCGCGAGCUUGAGCGCAUCAAGAAGUACGCGACCGUCGUCCGUGUUCUUGCCCACACCCAGAUCCGCAAGACCCCUCUUUCCCAGAAGAAGGCCCACCUCCUCGAGGUCCAGGUCAACGGUGGCUCGAUCUCCGACAAGGUCGACUGGGCCAAGGAGCACUUCGAGAAGGAGAUCGAGGUCUCCUCUGUCUUUGAGCAGGACGAGGUCAUUGACGCCAUUGCCGUCACCAAGGGUCACGGAUACGAGGGUGUCACCGCCAGAUGGGGUACCAAGAAGCUUCCCCGUAAGACUCACCGUGGUCUGCGUAAGGUCGCCUGUAUCGGUGCCUGGCAUCCGGCCCACGUCCAGUGGACUGUCGCUCGUGCCGGUCAGGACGGAUACCACCACCGUACCUCGGUCAACCACAAGAUCUACCGUGUCGGUAAGGCCGAGGACAAGGGUAACGGAUCGACCGAGUUCGACCGCACCGAGAAGACCAUCACUCCCAUGGGUGGCUUCGUCCGCUACGGUGAGAUCAAGAACGACUUCCUCAUCAUCAAGGGCUCGAUCCCUGGUGUCAAGAAGCGCGUCAUCACCCUGCGAAAGUCGCUCCGUGUGCACACCUCGCGCAAGGCUCUUGAGAAGGUUCAGCUCAAGUGGAUCGACACCGCGUCCAAGUUCGGUAAGGGUCGCUUCCAGACUCCUGCUGAGAAGAGUGCUUUCAUGGGCACUCUCAAGAAGGAUCUUGAGUAAACCACAAACGCAAGAAAAAAAUCGAAAAAGUGUUUUUGUUUGUAGACGUCUUGUUGGAGGAUUAUACAGAACUUGAAAAAGUAAUGUGUUCUUGUAUUUUUUGUUCAAAUAGGUUGCCGGCUUUGUUUAUGAAUCAUUUUAAUUGUAUAAAUCAGUCAUAACAUCAUCUGUAGUUCUUAUCUACUGCCAAACA